GUGACGGCGAAGCUUAGUGGGAGGGACCACAGCGACGCCGUUGCUGAGGCUUCAAGAUGGCGGAAGCCCUGACAAGCCAAGAAGAGCUGGCUGUGGAGGAGUUUCUGGCGGAGUUGAGGGCUCUUGAGCAGCCCAGCGUGGUGCUGGUGUCCCAGAGCACCGCCAUCAAGUUCCUCAUCGCCCGCAAGUUUGAUGUGAACAGAGCCAUCGACCUCUUCCAGGCGUACAAGAACACCAGGAUAAAGGAGGGAAUUUUCAACAUCGACCCGGACGAGGAGCCCCUGCGGACAGAGCUGCUCAGUGGGAAGUUCACUGUGCUGCCCGGUCGUGAUUCCACCGGGGCGGCCCUGGCCCUGUUCACUGCUCGACUCCACCGGCCAGAUGUCACUACCCACAAGGCCGUGCUGCAGGCCAUCAUAUACCAGCUGGACAAAGCCAUCGAAAGCAUCCAGACGCAGAGGGAUGGCCUCAUCUUCAUCUACGACAUGACCAACUCCACGUACGGGAACUUCGACUAUGAGCUGUGUGUGAAGAUCCUCAACCUCCUCAAAGGUGCGUUCCCUGCGCGGCUCAAGUGUGUCUUCAUCGUGUCAUCCCCGCUGUGGUUCCGCGCACCCUUUGCCGUCCUGCGGCUGUUCGUCCGUGAGAAGCUGAGAGAGAGGGUGUGCACGGUGAAGGCCCACGAGCUGGCUGGCCACAUCCCCAUGGAGUCUCUGCCGGAGCACCUGGGCGGCUGCUCCCAGUACAGCCACAUCGCCUGGAUCCAGAGCUGUGUGAACUCACAGCGCCACCCGCAGGGCGGGGACUGCGUGGGCGCGCUGCUGAGCUCCUACUGCCUGGACCCCUCCCCCACGGGCCACAGCCUCAACUCCAACUGCGCCGACAACGACAACAACGCCAACCUGCACAGCCACCGGCAGCAACUGCAGGGCAGGACUAGUGCCUACUGGAACGGCUCCGCCCUCCUGGGGGGCGGGGCCGCGGGGCCGGGCGAGGCUGGCGGCGAGCACGACGGCGGGGACUGCGGAGGCGGGGCCAACGCCAACAGGGCUCCGCCUCCCCAGUCCAACACGCCUCCAGACACGCCCCUGCACCUGACGCAAGGCGGAGAGGGCUUGGAAGCAGGAGGGGACUCUGUGUCUGGGGGGAGAGAGGAGGAUGAGGAUGAGGAGGAGGGGGAAGGGGAGGAAGAGGAGGAGGAGGAGGAACAGGAGGAACAGGAAGGGGAGCCGGGGGUCCCGCCGCUGCCCCAGAAGUGGUCGCGCCCGGCGGGGUCUCAGGACUGCGCCCCCUCGUCCCUGUCGGUGCACAUGCCCGAGCCCAGCGGUAUGGGCGUGAAGGAGCUGGUGGCGUACGUGAAGAGGAAGGGCAAGAGGGGCAUCUACCAGGAGUACGAAGAGAUCCGCAAGGAGCCGCCCUCCGGAACCUUCCACUGCUCCAAAAAACCUCUCAAUCAGAUAAAGAACAGGUACAGCGAUGUCCUCUGCCUGGACCAAUCGCGCGUGAAACUUAGCCCGCAGGACGACGACGACGAUGACGAGGAUGAGUGCUCUGAUUAUAUCAAUGCAAGUUUUAUGGAUGGAUACAAGAGAAGUAAAGCCUAUAUUGCCACUCAGGGCCCUUUGCCAAAAACGUAUGGUGACUUCUGGCGCAUGGUGUGGGAACAAAUGGUGUUGAUCAUCGUCAUGACGACAAGGGUGGUAGAGAGGGGGCGGGUCAAAUGCGGCCAGUACUGGCCACUGGAGGCGGGACGAACGCUGGAGCACGGCCACUUCCUGGUCAGGAACACCCGAAUCCAGAUGUUCCAGGACUUCAAGCUGUCUCACCUGGAGCUCAGCAACACUGAGACGGGGGAGUGUCGGGACCUGGCUCACUACCUGUAUGUGAGCUGGCCUGAUUUCGGCGUGCCCAAGUCGGCCUCGGCCAUGCUGGACUUCAGGGCCCAGGUCCUGCAGCACCAGGAGGCCUCCUUCCAGGCAGUCAGCGCUGAGUGGAGCGGCGCCCCGGGGGGCCCCCCUGUGGUGGUCCACUGUAGUGCAGGCAUCGGAAGAACAGGUACGUUCUGCACCCUGGACAUCUGUCUGUCGCGGCUGGAGGACAUCGGGACGGUGGACGUGGAGCAGACGGUGCGGCGCAUGCGGGCGCAGCGGGCCUUCAGCAUCCAGACCUGGGACCAGUACUACUUCUGCUACACGGCCGUCAUGGAGUACGCCCAGCGCCGCGGCCUGCUGCCGCCCGUCCAGUGGUCCGACUCCGACCUGGAGACCGACAGCGAGUGACCCGUCCCCCCGCCGAGGAGGAGGAGCACGUCCACCCCUCUGCUUUUCCAGCUUUCUUAAGGCCCGACCCAGUCGAGAGGCGUGUCUUACAAGUUGUAGCAUUUUAUAUUGACUUGCACAUGUGGAAUGGCAAACUUGAACCUUUGUAUCAUAGUUUUUGUGUUUUUUUUUGUUUUGUUUUUUCCCCGCUCAACCAAUCCUCCCCCCCAACCAUUUUGUUUGUUUCAAACAGAAACCAUGACAUUGAAAAAAGAAAACUUGAACAAAUGUUUUUGAGAAAAUUAUAAUAUAUUAGUCUGUUCGGUCUUGGUCCAGUUUCUGUUCUUGUAGUUAUUUUGUCGCAUUUUUUACGUGCGUGCCGUGUUUUGUAUUUUUGUACAGUAUUUUUGUUGAUAUGUAGACUAACCUUAAAGCCAAAGGUAUCACCUUCAAUGCUUCUCUUGAACAUAGUUGUAAGCCCUUACAUAUUCAUGUCAUGUACAUUUAUAUACUGUGCAUAACAGCCUUUGACAAAAAGCCUUGUUUAAAUAUAGACAUAACAUUGUUAACAAAUGUAUAAAUAUAUAUAGAUAUAUAUCGUGGAUUAUCUUAUUCAUACAAAUGACAGAGAUUAAGAUACAAAUAUUCUAUUGUAAACCUGUGUGGUCUGUCAGGUCUUACAUCAUCUCAAAACAGUGUCGUCUUUGGUUUCUUGACAAACUUGCAUAAAUCGGCCUUAAGCUGAUUUCGUUCCAUUACACUGCCUGUAGUUCUGACCUUUGACCUCUGACCUAUACAGCGGUGCAUUGUGGGGUUCAUUCAGCCUCAGUAUUCAUGUGCCUUCAGGCUUGCCAAGUGUGCAUAAAGGCCUAAUAGCAAUCAAUCUAAUUCAAUCAGUUUAUUUUUUACUUUUAUUUUGUAUAAUCUCAGGGGUACAUUUUAGUGUGUGCUAGUGUCAAAAUGUCUCUUGGUUCACCUCUGGUAAUUAUUAUAUUUUAUUUUUCUUUUGUAUUUUAUACAACAUACAAUAUUUUAUUUUAUUUGUGUGUUUAUAAAACUUUGACAGUAUUGAUAAUGAAUGUUGGUACGAUGCUUAAAAAAACAAAACCUGUUUUAUUUUGAUUUGAUAAGCUAAAAAGAAGCUAAAUGACAAAAAAAUCUUAAGUGGACUUCUGUUGACAUUUCUUUGAUGCUACUUGGCAUUAUGUUGUGGGAGCUGAAGACUGCUUUCUGUUUCUUGACAAUGAAAUGUUGAAACUUUUUUUUUUUUAAUAUAUUUUUUUUAAACUUGUUGAACUCUUCUCAUCUUGUGAAACGGUUAUUUGUGCUGAGAGUGGACUCCGAGAGAACCAGAGAGAAGACAAAGAUGAUGCUGCCAUUUUUCUCCAUUUUGUCUUCUUAGACCUACUCUUGUGACAGGUUCAGAGAGUAUUGCAGGAGAACUGAACGCUAUAGGAAUCCACGCUGUGGCCAAAACCAUAUCCAUACUGCCUCGGUCAGCUCAUUGAAACCCCUUAGCCAAUGGCAUCGGCCCAUUUCUCUCCAUCAGACUCUUUUUGUCCUCAUUAAAAAAAGUCAUAGAA